UCGAAAGUAGCGAUAUAGAAUCUCAAGUUGAAGAAAUUUCACAAUGUAUAACAAUAAAAAUUACGAACGUGACAUUAACUAUACAUACGAAUUGAAUCGAUUUGUUCUUCGUUUAUUAGGAAUCUGGCCGUACACGAACACGAAUUUUUGGAUUCUGCAGAAAACGAAGGAGACCGUGCUGAUCUUUGGUUUCUUUGUUCUUCUCUCUUUCGAACUAACGUCUAUGCUUCUCUACAUAUUUAUGGUGUUGAAAGGGACUCGCGCGAGGAUUAAAGUUAUGGCCACUUUGUUAUUUACGAUAGUGUCUAUUCUUAAAUACAGCAAUCUGUUGUAUAUAAAGAAUCAAAUGAGGAGUUGCAUGGCGCGUGUGGAGAAAGAUUUUCAAAGUGUUACCAGUCCGACUGCCCGCAACACGAUGCUCUUCCACGUGCGAACUGGUAGACGUUUGUUCAUUCUGUGCAGUAUAUUCAUGUAUGGCGCCGGGAUGACGUAUCGAACACUUAUACCGUUGUCAAGAGGAAAGAUUGUCACUGCUCAGAACAUUACGAUUCGACCUUUACCGAGUCCUGCUUACUAUGUAGUGUUCGAUCCGCAGAUCAGUCCGACUUAUGAGAUUGUGUUCUUCGUACAGUGCUUCACGGGUCUCUUCAAGUACACGAUCACAGUGGCAGCUUGCGGUGUCGCGGCGCUCUUCACGAUGCACAUCGUCGCGCAACUGGACAUCUUGAUGGCACUAAUGAACAACUUAACGAACGAGCACGAAGAUGAGGAUGUGAACAGAAAAUUAUCUGUCAUCGUGGAGCAUCAAAUAAAAACGCGAAAUUUGUUGCAUAUGGUACAAGGCGUUAUACAAUAUUCGAGUCUAAUUGAAGUCACGACGUGUACUUCCAUGUUAUGCCUUAUAAUAUAUUAUGUUAUAAUGGAAUGGGAGGCCAGCAAUACUGUAGCCAUGUGUACAUAUUUUAUUAUAGUCAUAUCAUUGACUUUCAAUAUAUUUGUAUAUUGUUUUAUUGGUGAGCAGCUUUCUGAAAAGGAGGAACAAGUGGCUUUGACGGCAUGUACGUUAGAUUGGCAUCUUCUCCCGAAUGCAAAUGCGCGGGCACUAAUUUUAAUCAUGCUUAUAUCUAAUAAGCCAAUGAAGCUUAAAGCAGGCAAUUUCGUGGAAUUAUCGUUUAGGACAUUUGGGUCUGUUGUUAAAACAGCCCUGGGGUAUUUAAAUCUCCUUCGAUCAGUUGUUGAUUGAAUUAUAUAUAUUUACUCACGGAUAACUAAGAGUAGAAUUAAAGGAAUUAUUAAGUAUGUAAUGUAUUGAAGUAAACGCAAUUAAACAUCGAAAGUUAAAUACGGUGUUCUUUCCUACAAGUGAGGCGGCCUGGAUUUUAUUUCUGGCUAAAGCAGUAUUUUUCAUAAAAUGAAACCAAGUCAAGUUUAUUUGCGCAAAAAGGAAAGAGAAUUUCGUACCAUUUUAACUGGAAGCAAAGAAUAGUUUGCACAAGACAAGAAGAUUUCCUGCGUACGUUUGAAAUAAAUACUGAAGGAUUAUUCAGUGCGUGCACAAUUCUUUCACUGAAGUGCUUUCACUGGUCACAAUCAACCAACGAGAUCUCCCUUUGAUAACUUUAUUUGGUAGUCACACCAAAAAAUCAUCAUUUUGCUCUAUAUCAUACUAUCUUCAUUUUAGAUAUCAAAAGUAUUGCUUUUAAAUAUCAAAGCUCCUCUCUUUUGUUAUUAAACCUGUUGUUUUGCGGCUAAUCAGAAUAAUAUAUCAUAUCGAUAUCAAAGUUAGAUAAGCAUUUUUGAAUUCAUUACUUUCAGGUUUUCUUCUUAUUCAGUUAUAAAAUUACUAUUUAUUUUUCACAUUGUUUAAAAAACACUUUAAUAUAGAAUUAUAUUAGUUUUCUGCCAAGUCAAAGACCAAGACUUAUACACUUAUUAUUAGGGAUAAUUUUUCUCUGCAAAACGUUUCUCUGCUCAACCCAUUCGUGAUUUCUCUAUCUAGCAGGAAAAUUUCCCCUCUGCAUAACAAAAGGACGUCAAACUAUAGUUGCAAGCAUUUGCCCUUCCAUAGAAAAAAAUUUAUUUGCAUUUUAUUUAUUACCUAAAAGUACUUCUACGCGUACAUUUUAUAGUAUUCCUCAAAAAUGAAAUAGUUAAUCACCUUUUUCUUUAAUGUAUAUAGAAGUCACGUUUAUAAGGUUAACAUUCUGUUUAAAGUCAAUGGCCGUUGGGCUUCAAUACCAUAUCAACCUUUCCUCGAGGGGUUUCAACUUGUUCAAUAUUUAAAAUGAAGUUAGGAAAACUUUCUUCUUGCAUAUCUCAAAAAUAGACUAGCCUGCAAGAUUUCCAUCAAAGUUUCCAUGCGUGCAUUGUUAACGAUUUGCAUGACCUGUCCUUUCAAUUGUACUAACACGCAAGCGCGCGGCUACCAAACUCUGCUAGAAAUGGAAG